ACUAAAACAAGCUGCUUGUUUUCGGCCGUUACAUCGGGUGCUUAGUUUUCCUUCUAUUUCGGGCCCUGCGCCACUGACAGUUCACUUUAGUUGGUGGCUCGAGUGCAACGUGCGGCAGUGGAAAACGGAAAAGCGCUUUCCAGGCAGAGUGCUUUAGUAUUUGCCUGCAACUAAAAUAAACGUGUAUCUUCAACCGCCGUCCGCUCAUACAAUAAAAAAAAAAAGUAAAUACAAUAAAAAGAAAAACAAUACAAAUCUACAAAAACGCGCAAAGAAAACAAUACAGAGAUCGUUCAGCAAUUAGUGCAAUAAACCACACAAAGGCGAAUCCGAAUCCGAAUCCGACCAAAGAUGGCGUUCAUUUCAAAAGAUUUUCGCUCGCCGGGGGAGGCAUGGGUGAAGACCGACGAGGGCUGGGAGCGAUUGAAGGUGCUGGAGUGCGGCGGCAAGCGGAAGCGACACCACUCGGAGGGAAGCAGUAGCUGCCAGGAUGCCGAGGAUGCUGUUACAGAGGAGGAGGGUACUGUCAUGCCACCCCACUACCAUAUCACGAUCCGCUGCACCCGCGAAAUCGCCGGCUUUAAUGGCCUGACCGAGGCGGUGAAGCGACUGGACUUCCGUCGUUCAGUUCGGGACCGGAAGCGCUUCCACUACAUCUGUGCGGUCCUUCUGCUGGUCUCCAACAAGGGCAUUGCCAGUCUGCCGGGCAGCGCUCAGCGCCAGCUGCUCCAAAUGGUCGAGGAAGUGGCCUCUCAUGUCAACGACAGUCAGCAGCAUCCGAAUGUCUUGCGUGGCCUGGCCUUGAAGCUGGAGCACAUCGUCCACCAGGAGAACCAGAAGUGCUGGGGCAAGCCUCUGGGCAGUCCCUACCUGUGGAAGGAGCACCUGGCCACUAUCAAGCGUAUCCAGCGCGUGGCCAGCCAGAUUGAGAUCCGUGAGCCGGAUCCGGAGGCCAAGCCGAAGCUGCAUGAGCUGCCGGAGGAGUGCGUUCGUGAGAUCAUUUUGUGCAUUGCGGACCAUCGGGAUCUGGAGUCCGCCGCCGAGGCCUGGGACACCAUGGCCAAGCUAGUCUCGGAGCAGCGCAUCUGGCGCGAACUGACACGCUUCCACUUCAACCAGCGACAGAUCCACACCAUCCUCGACCUGGAGAAGUUCAAGAAGAUGGGAGACAUCAAAGACUGGAAGCAGAUCUACCACCAGCUCCGGCGCACCUAUGGCGUCAACGAUGACUACCAGUUCGCCGAGGUGCUGGCCCUGUGCCGCUCCUGCUGCUGUCUCUUCUGGCCGUCGGACGGACAUCCGUGCAUCGUCGACCAGAGCCCGGACUACAAGCAGCGCCUGGAGGAGGCGGGCCACCAGCUAGCGUUGGCCCAGCCCGUGCCGCCUGCUCAGUUUCUCAAGUACUUCUCGUUGUAAGCCGUCGUAGACGGAGAUGGAGACGGUGACGGAGUGGCGACCAAGGGAGAGAGAUAGAGAUAGAUCGAUAUGUAUUUUUGCGGAGGAUGAGGAGGAUGCGAAGGUGGAUCUGGAUGUGGAUGUGGAGUGCAGUCCCAGUGCAGUCGGUGGAUAAGUUGUUCGGCUGCGAAUGAAAGUCUUUAUGUACGUGUUAAAGUUUUACCCUUGGAGUGGAAUGGAGUUUAGGAGUUACGGAGCGGAUCAAAGGAUCGGAGGAUCUGAAAAAGCAAAGUGAUAAAGAAAUCCCUAAUCUAUAAAUGUGUAUGUGUGUGUACGGGAAUCGCCAAAAUCAUUUCGAUUGGUUUGCAGUCUGUCCAGAUUGAGGUUCAGAUUCUAGUUGAGCGUGGCUUUCGUUGAGUUAAUUGCCAACAUUUUUGUAUUAUUAGCCGGUCCAUGACCAGGAUCUGGAGCGGUGAUUACUAUUAAUUGUCUAGACAUAUUGAUCGACUUGCGUGUCCGUUUCCAGGAUACAAAUAUUCUGGUCAGGUUUAUUGUUUUUUUGUAUUUUUUUUUUUUAAUUUUUGAAUCGGACGCGCUAAACGAACUGCCACAAACAAACA